GUCUAAGAUGGCGGCGGAGAGCGAGGCGCGAGCGGCACGGCCCCGGUCCCAACCGCGCACCCAACCCAGCUCAGGUGAUACAAACUUUCAACAUGUUUUCUCUGGAUUGGAAGAGCCGCAGGGAGCAAUCUUGGAGGAAUUAGAAAGACUGAGAGAUAAACCUCCAGAUAUAGGUUGCAGCAUGGAUGGUGACUUUGGUAUCCAGGAUGUUCAAAUGAAUUCAGACGACGUACCUAUGAAAGAAGCUAGGCCAGUGCAAGUAGUGUUGGCUCAUGAAGAUGACCAUCAUUUUGAUCUGGAUGAAGAGGCCCUUGAGCGGAUUCUAUUGCAAGAACACAUUCGGGACUUGAAUGUUGUGGUUGUUUCUGUGGCUGGAGCAUUUCGUAAAGGCAAAUCAUUUCUCUUGGACUUCAUGCUGAGAUACAUGUACAAUCAGAAUUCUGGUACUUGGCUGGGUGGAGAUGAUGAUCCAUUAACUGGAUUCACAUGGCGAGGAGGAUGUGAACGAGAAACGACUGGUAUACAAAUCUGGAGUGAGGUGUUUGUAAUUAAGAAACCGGAUGGAAGUCAGGUUGCGGUGCUUUUAAUGGACACUCAGGGGGCGUUUGACAGUCAAUCGACCAUAAGGGAUUGCGCUACAGUGUUUGCUCUCAGCACGAUGACCAGUUCUGUUCAGGUAUACAAUUUGUCUCAGAACAUUCAGGAAGAUGAUUUGCAACAUUUGCAGCUGUUCACGGAAUAUGGACGCCUGGCAAUGGAGGAAGUUUACCAAAAACCCUUCCAGACUCUGAUGUUUUUAAUAAGAGAUUGGAGUUAUCCAUAUGAACAUCCGUAUGGAUUGCAAGGAGGAAAUAGCUUCUUGGAGAAACGAUUGGAGAUAAAACAAAACCAACAUGAAGAGUUGCAGAAUGUUAGGAAACAUGUACACUCCUGUUUCAAUAAGAUCACCUGCUUCCUGAUGCCACAUCCAGGUCUGAAAGUUGCCAUCAAUCCUAAUUUUGAUGGAAGAUUAAAAGAUAUUGAUGGUGACUUCAAAAAGGAGCUCAGCAAUGUUGUGCCAUUUCUGCUGUCUCCUGAAUACUUGGUAGAGAAGGAAAUAGGAGGAUCCAAAGUGACUUGCCGAGAUCUUGUUGAAUAUUUCAAGGCUUACAUCAAAAUUUACCAAGGAGAGGAACUACCUCAUCCGAAAUCCAUGCUACAGGCAACAGCUGAAGCCAACAAUCUUGCUGCUGUUGCAGGAGCAAAAGAUGUCUACAGCAAAUCCAUGGAGCAGUUCUGUGGUGGAGACAAGCCUUACAUAGCACCAGCUGAUCUGGAGCAACAACAUCUGACUCUGAAAGAAUCCUCAGUGGCACAAUUCCGAUCAGUGAAGAAAAUGGGUGGGGAGGAUUUCUGCCAACGCUACCAGGAACAACUUGAGAGAGAAAUAGAAGAGAACUAUGCAAACUUUGUCAAGCACAAUGACAGCAAAAAUAUUUUUUAUGCGGCACGUACACCUGCCACACUUUUUGCUGUGAUGUUUACCAUGUACAUAAUCUCAGGAGUGACUGGAUUCAUUGGUUUGGACUCUAUAGCUUCCUUAUGCAACCUUGUAAUGGGCAUAGCGCUAAUAUCCCUCUGCACCUGGGCUUACACUAAAUAUUCUGGUGAAUUCAGAGAAUUUGGAACAAUCAUUGAUCAUGUGGCUGAAACUAUAUGGGAACAGAGGAGUCCAAAGAAGGUGUUGAAGCCACUGAGUGACAAUUUGAUGGAGGACAACAUAAGGCGGACUGUAGCAAACUCCCUCAAAGCAGGUCUGAGUGAACAGGGCUCCCAACAUACCAAAUCAAAGAUAAACUGACAAUCCAACGUGCUCUUGCCUGGCUCUAUUGGUGUCAAGUGCUUGCUGUAGGUUAUGGACUUGGUGAAUCAGUUAAAAUUAGUCUUUGUAGAUAUUGAAUGAAAGGCCCACCUUCACUGGACACUGCCACAAAGUCUGAAGAAUGAAGAGGAAAUAGUUCUGUCCUUGAGUGGUUUUUCUGUGGAUAUGUUACUGUAAACAAGGUAGUUCAGGGAUGUGCCAUUUUGCUUUGUAACUUGUUACUUUUGAAACAUGAACCCUAAUCAAAUUUCCUUUUUCAGAUCUACUUUGUGUCAGUGGAUUCAUGUUGUGAAAGGCUGGUAGCACUGUAGUAUACUGUACAAAUAAAUCAUUGGGUUCAUCAAGGACCGUAGACGCCUGAAAUGAGCCAGCUCCGUUUUUGUUUUUUCUUAUAUGCUUUUGCCUGUAUACCAGUAUUACACAUUGCAUGAAUCCUAUCUGCACAGAUCACAGGAUUAACUUAGAGGACAAAAAAAUGCUGUAGAUGGGGGGGGUAACAGUCUCGCCUUGCCAUUGUUUCUGAAAAUGGCCCUAGAGAAGGUUAAACAGCAGACAGUUUAUGGUUUCUGUAAUGGCACUUGAGUCAUCCAGUGUGCCGUACAAUUCUAAUUUUGGGGGGUUGAGGGGAAAUCCAUCCAAAAGUUGCCUCUAACUACCUGUUAGCAUUGUCUGUACAGUGCAUUUAUCUUUUUUUAUUUAAUUUUCUAUCAAUCGUUAAAUGAGGUGGGGCAUGUAUAUUAAAUAUAAAUAUAUAAAUACCAAAUUUUUGUAUCAAGUUUUUUGUAGUUAAUGGCAAAAUCUGGUACUGUGGUAGGCUACGUGCAGUUUCUGUAAAGGAAUGUUAUUUGUGGUUGGUGUAAACAUAAGAAUGCAUCAAAUUUGAAGUUUUGAUAUAUUUGUGAUAUUACCUGCCUUGAGCACUGCAAUCCCACCCCUUCUUAUGGCAAAGCAAUGGGAAUGUUAGUUGUGGAAUUGAGUUGUCUUCUGUUGCAUUUUAAAGUUAUUUCCUGUAAUUUAUUUUUCAAUACAUAAUUAAAUCAAAGUACUCUAUGAAA